CGUGAAAACAGUGAUGGUGUCUAACCCCUGUCAGGAGAAUCCUACUUUAUUCUGUUGGAGAGUGACUCGCAGAUCCCUGUCAUCCUGGUCCUCAGGCCUUGGGCUAAUAGGAAAGACGUUUAACACUACAUGUCAGAAACUGCUGGAUCAUCCCACACAACAUUAUCUUAUCUGAUCCUCAUAUAAUUUCCCUGUGAAGUACUUUGUGCUGUCCCCAUUCCGAAUUCCUCAAACACCCAACUUUGCCCCCCCCACCCCCCCCACCCCCAGUCAGCUUCUCUAGCUCCUGUUCCCACCUGGGAUGCUUUUAUCUCUCCUCUUUGCCUUAGAGUCUCGCUCGCGCUUCAGAGCUCGUCUAAGAUGUUACAACCUCAAGGAAGCCUUCCUAACCCCCUAGCUCUGAUUCUCCACUGCACACUGUGGUCACACUGUCUCAAUAAGCACAAGAAAUUCUGGGAUUGGUCACAUAAUACCUGCUGUGCAUGCUGAAACCAAAAACUCUGCAGCAAGCAUUGAAAAUGAAGAGGCCCCGGACUUUUGAGGAGCAAACGGAAUGCAUCGUGGACACUUUACUUACAGACUUCUUAGGCACCACAGUGCAGGUUGCUAACCGGGACCUACAUUAUGGAGAUGAACCAGAUUCAGGAGAGUCUUUCUUUGACGUGGCCAUCAUUGCUGGCCGCCAGAUGUUGGGUGACCAGUUCAGAGAAUUGGAAGCUUCUGCCAAAAAUGUCAUUGCAGAAACCAUUCAGGGACAGGCAGGCGCUGUACUGCGGGACACAGUGAAAUCUCUCAGCCAGGCCUGGUGUGCUCAGGAUUCCAGCUUAGUUUACGAAAGAGCCUUUCUGGCAGUGUCAGUGAAGCUUCUUGAAUAUGUGGCCCGCAUGGCUCCCAAAAUGGCAAGACAGGUGGCUGUCCCCAUGACAAACAUGAUCAAUGGGAACAGUGCCAUCCGGGAGUUUGUCCAGGGCCAGGGAGGGUGAGAAAAUCUGGAGAGCUGAAGAAGAGGCGGCGUUGUUUCCCAGCCUGAACAUCACUGCCACUUUGAUCGGGUGAUUGAUUGAUUGCUGGCCAUUGACACAGACAACCAAAUCCAAAGCUACUUUCUUUUGGACACAACUGGACUUAGCUGAAUAAUUUCUUUUCCACUGAUGGCUAAAGUUGGGAGCAGCCCUCGGAGGUCUACAGAGAUUUUGUACUUUCCGUCUUUAUGAGAGUUUGAAGGAGGUUCCAUUUAAGCAAAGACCUCCAGAUACAAACUAAUGGCUUGUUAGGAGUGGAAUUUCCAGGCAACAGAGCAAGCCUUCGCUGGACGUAUUUUGGGAAAGGGAGCACAUAGUAAACUAUUCAGAUUUAGCCCUGUCCCUUGCUAAGGAUCUUGUCUACUCACUCUACAGUCUAAAGGACUUCAAGGGAGAUCUUUGUUGGACUCUUGUUAUUUUAAGUUGAGGAUUUUCUUUUAAAUUCCUAUCCUAAGUUUUGUGUUAAUUUCACCAAAGCAGAAUUAUUUUAUGCAUUUUUAGGCCGAAAGCAAAAAAAAAAAAAAAAAUGGCAGUUUCUUCAUCUGCCCUGCUACUAGAAAGGCCAACAAAAGAUAAAACAGUGCAUUUUACUGCCACAGGAUGCAGGAAGUGCUGGCCCGCAUCUAGGAGAGUGGGGCCAUCCCACCUUAGAUGAAACUAGCUGCGUACCACAGUGUUUUUCAAACCAAAAAGUGGUUUACAUACCACUUGUGGACCUUAUAAGUUGCUGAUUUCCGGGCCCCAUCCCUAGAGAUUCUGAUUCUGUCGGGGGAGGCUGGGGCCUAGCAUCCUACCUUUUUAACCAGUUCCACAGGGGGUUCUUGUGCCCAUAGAGAACUUGAGAACCCUCACAUUAGAGCAGGGCUUGGCCAAAUCGUGUCUGCUGCUUUUUUUUGUCGAUGGGUUUAUUGGCAUGCGGCUGCACUCACCGGCCCCCCAUCUUGUCCAUGCCUGUAUGAGCACUGCAAGGGCAGAGUUGAGGAGCCACAGCAGACACCUAAUGGCCUAUAAAGUAUAUUUACUAUUUGGCCUUUACAGAAAAGCAUGCAGACCCCUGCUUUAAAGCUAAAUGAAUGUUUCUCUCUGAAUAAUUUAAAUUCUGUUGCAAUCCUGAUCAUUUGUGCCAAACACAGCGGUACGUAGGAUAACUCUAUUCUUUUUUUAGAAUUUAGUCUGAGAGUGUUUGUUAGUUCCUGCAUAGUCCACACUUUCUCUGGGACUUUGGCAAAUCAGAAAGCUCUGGGACGGGUGCCUGGGUGGCUCAGUUGGUUGAGCGACUGCCUUCGGCUCAGGUCAUGAUCCUGGAGUCCCGGGAUCGAGUCCCGCAUCGGGCUCCCUGCUCGGCGGGGGGUCUGCUUCUCCCUCUGACC